AUGACCAUCUCCAUGAUCCCGGAGAAGGCUGAUAUUGUACGAUCUAAGUGUCACAGCCUUGUGCAGAUACAAGGUCCUGCUCAAAUCCGAGAGGUGGGUUUGAUGGUAUCCUCAUUUGCAGGAGUGUACUAUGGGCCAUUAUUUUAUAGAUCUCUAGAGAAUAUCAAAACUGAUGCACUGCAAGCAAAUGGCUGGGAUCUUGAGGGGAAAGUAACACUCUCACCCCUGUGCAAACAAGACCUCCUUUGGUGGAUAAAUAAUGUUGACCAAUAUCCACAAACCAUCACACCACAAAUCCCACAUCUAACCCUGACAACUGACAGCUCACUUACGGGCUGGGGGGCAGUGAUAGAGGGUACCUCAAGUGUUGCAAGUGGUAGACGGUCAUUCCAGGAAUCCCAACUUCAUAUUAAUUUCCUAGAGUUAAAAGCCAUCCUUCUGGGACUGCAGUCACUCUGCAGUCACCUUACAAAUUGUACCAUCAAAGUGCUUUGUGACAAUACAACUGCAGUCUCGUACAUCCGCAGUAUGGGUGGCUCUAAAUCUAGGAACUGUAAUGAUAUAACUAGGGAAAUUCUCAUCUGGUGCAUGCAGAGGCAUCUGACACUAUCAAUCUCUCACAUACCAGGGAAAUUAAAUACAGAAGCUGAUAGAGCUAGCAGAGAAUCACACAACAGUAAUACAGAAUGGUCCCUAGACCCUACCAUUUUUGAUGAACUUAAACUUAAAUGGGGCGAUCCUGAAAUAGACAUGUUUGCAUCAAGGCUGAACCACAAAGUGUCUCCAUAUGUAGCCUGGAAACCAGAUCCAGGUGCAGCAGCUAUUGAUGCAUUCACUCUGGAUUGGUCCAGAUAUAAACUUAUCUAUUGUUUUCCUCCUUUCAGCCUCAUAGGCAAAGUCCUUCAGUUUAUCCAAGAAAGCAGAACAACAGCCAUACUUGUGUACCCAUACUGGCCAACCCAGGUGUGGUACCCACAGCUCCUACAGUUGAUGAAAUCUCCUCCAAUAUCAAUCAAAAUGCACCGCAAAACCAUUAUUCUCCCACAUCAACCAGAACAAGUCCACCCAUUAUAUCCCAAACUUCAACUUCAUGGAUGUCUCUUAUCAGGGCAUCCUUAGCUGCUCAAGGCAUAACGGGGGAACCUCAGGACAUCAUCGUGGCGUCAUGGCGACAUGGAACCCGCAAACAAUACUGCACAUAUAUUACAGCCUGGUUAAAGUACUGCUCUGAUUGUAACAUCAGCCAAGUCAAUCCCAAGCUGCAGCAAGUCCUUGAUUUCCUUACUCUGCAAUCUAAACGAGUGGGAUAUAGUGCGGUUGCAACUGCCCGAAGUGCACUGUCAAGUUUCAUUAAAGUUGAUGGUGUAAAAGUGGGUGACCACCCCUUGGUGUCAAGGUUUAUGACUGGCCUGUUUAAUCAAAAGCCAGCCCUUCCACGCUACUCUGAGACUUGGGACCCCCAAAUAGUGCUUAACCACCUUAAGACAUUUCCAGCCAUUGAUGAUAUGUCACUGAAACAGCUUACUCUGAAACUGGUCAUGCUUAUGGCCCUAUUGUCUGCACAGAGAGUUCAGACUUUACAGUCCUUGUCCUUGGAAGAAAUGAGUACCCUACCUGGAAAGUAUGUCUUUCGCAUCUCUUCUGUUUUAAAACAAACAACUGCCAAAGGGGGCCAGAACAGACAUUUACUACCUGUUACUUUUCAUAGUUACCCCCUGGACAAACGACUGUGUAUCGUGGAGCUACUUUCAGCUUAUGUUAAAAGAACCGCUCCUCUCAGGAAAGAGACAAAGCAGUUGCUUAUUUGA